AUGUCUAUGACAAGCUUCGCAUUGCUUGCCGUGCUUUCCGAUUUACCUUGUGGUGGGCGUUUCGUGUCGGGGGUUAUCAUCCGUGACGUCGUUUAUCUGUUAACGUACGUCUCGUCGCGACAAAUGCCGUCGAGGGGCAGAAGAACGGCUAGCAGCUCCGUUUGAUGGUCAAAUUGAGCUGCCGGCGCAAUACGAGGAGUUCUCCUCCCUGUCAAGGCGGCGACAUGAGCGGAAUCGCAUCGGCCAACGCCAGCGCCGUCAUUCAAUACCGAGACUCGCUAGGCAAAGCGGUGGCCAAGAACCUGCUGGUGCUCGCCAUGGGACUGUCAAUCAACUACAUCAACGUUGGCCUCAUGUACACCUUCUGCAAGCACCAGAUCUUCUACAGCAACCCUCGCUACAUCCUGUUCUUCCACUUGGUUCUGAACGACAUGAUCCAGAUGAGCCUGAGCGUCAUCCUCUUCGUGAUCAGCUACGCCCUCUACACGAUCGCCGUGUUUGUGUGCGCCCCCCUCAUGCUGAUGGCCGCCACCACCACCGAGAACACUCCACUCAACCUGGCGUGCAUGGCGGCCGAGUGCUACGUGUCCGUGUGCCUUCCGCUUCACCACGCCCGCAUCUGCACCGUCAGGAGGACUCUGCUCCUCAUCGCCUUGAUCUGGACCGCCAGCCUCAUCUCCACCCUGCCGGACCUCUUCGUCACGCUGGCCACCGAGCCUCUCGAGUUCUUCUCAUCUCAAGUCUUCUGCAUCCGCCCGAACGUCUUCCCCAAUCCGCUGCUGGUUCGGAAGCAGGAGCUCUCGUACAUUGGCUACCAGUUGCUUGUAUGGUCUGUCAUCUUCUUCACGUACUUCAAGAUCCUCUUUGCGGUGCAGUCGGUCAGCAAGGACGCCGAGAAGGCUCGGAGGACCGUGGUCCUGCACAGCGUUCAGGUUCUGCUGUGCAUGAGCGCGUAUGUGGCUCCGCACCUCGAGGAAGCUUUGCUAAGCUGGUUCCCCGAGAACUCCGCGGACACACUCUUCGCCUGCUAUCUCAUCAUUCAGGUCCUGCCCCGCGCCAUCAGCCCCAUGAUUUACGGCGUGAGGGACAAGUGCUUCAGGAAGUACCUCAAACGCUACCUGAUCUGCAAGAGUGGCACUGACUCUGCGGAAAUGACGAGCAAGAACAACAAAACAAACGCCAGGAGCGACAACAAAGACUGAUGGCGCGAACAGCAACAAAGCCGCUAACCGGAUGAAAAACGCAGACGACAUUCUGCCGUCGACUGGAACGGACCUGCCCUCAGGCUGGGGUCGAAGACGUCGGGACCCAACUCCCCCCACUUUUUCCAGUCAUGUAGACUGAAGAAAGAAAAGUUAAGAGUCCAAAACAUAGUGGAUGGUUAUAGUCGAGGC